GGUUAACAGAGCUGCCCGCAGCAGCAUAAUCAGGUGACAGUAGACACACUAAUCUGAAGUUCAUGUGACGGGUUUGAUCAGUGAUGGACGCAUGGUGCUUCACAAUAUACAUUUUAUUAGUGAUGACAGUAUCAGUCUCUUCAGCAGAAGAUGAUCCUCCUGUUUUCAGGCCAGCACAAAUUUUAGGGAGCAAAACUGCAAAAAUUGGGGGAGAUAUACGGUUAAAAUGUGUCAUCUUUGACAGCACUGGAUCAAGUCACCACAUGUAUUUGUGUAAAAAUUCUGUUGGGGUCAGAUUAAAAGUUCUUGGACAUAGUGAUGAGCACAUCUUUAUUUUGAGAAAUGUUUCAGUGCUGGACUCAGGAAACUACACCUGUGUGUACUCGUUAAACAAAUAUGUUCCGGACGAUGUUACAGCAUCAGGAUACAACACAAUCCACGUCCAAGUCACUGGUGUUCAGCUGGUAAAGAGUGCAGUGCUACGAUCUGGAAGGUCCACUGUGGAGAAGGGAGAGGAUAUAGAACUGACCUGCAGCAUCUCUGAAUCUGAGAAACCUCAACUUCUUCACGUUUACGUCUGCAAGGACGGCCUUGGAAAAAUCUCAAAAUCUCUAUAUAAUCAAAGUCACUCACAUUUCUCCAUUAAGAAUGUGAAUUUGGAAGACUCGGGUGUUUAUAGUUGUGUUUACUCUGCUACAAAAUAUAAUAUCAGUGAAGUUACUGAUACAGAGAGAGGGAACUCCAUUCUCAUUCAAGUGUAUGAUCCACAAUGGCAGAUCAAUUUCACAAGAUUACUAUGUUCAUUUGGAGUAGUCAUAUUUGCAUGCUUGAUAGUGGUUUAUGAUGUCUACUCAACAAAGCGCAGAUUCAAAAAGAUUCAACUGCAAAGCUCCUUCCAGUCUGGAUUUACAUGAUCAGAGUCAGGACCUCAGGGUGGUCCAUAUUGUGUUCUGUCAUGAGAGAUCUUUUCCAGUGUGUAUUUAUUCAAACAUGUA